AAUAUUUCCUGUUGCCAUCGCACGGCGUAUCUGCUACACCACGUGAUGGCGGCGGGUUCCGGCUAGUGGUUGCCAUGGCGAUGACUUGAGGAUUUGAUGCGGAGACUCGAUGCGCAUUCGGCAGGAAUUAGACUGCGCUGCAGGAAUAUCCGCGAGUUUCCCUAGACAACCUGCUGACAAGAAAAUGCAUUUCAGCCCUCCUGUCAGCAGAGACAGGAUCAUAUGUACAUUUCCAAAGUGUUAUAAUCCACAAGCCUGCCUACAGGUGAAGGAUGACUGGGAUACAAAAGCCAAGAUGGCUUGUCAAGACCGGGCGGCCCGCCUGCAAGGGUAUGUAUGUAUGUAUGACAGGCUUAAGAUGUCAAAAGCAGUAGUGGUUGGAGAUCUGAAUGUGGGAAAGACAUGUUUAAUAAACAGGUUCUGUAAAGAUGUGUUUGAGAGAGACUACAAGGCUACUAUAGGUGUUGACUUUGAGAUUGAGAGAUUUGAGAUGUCUGGGCUGCCCUAUUCUCUUCAAAUAUGGGACACUGCAGGCCAAGAAAAGUUCAAAUGCAUUGCAUCAGCAUAUUACAGAGGAGCUCAAGUUAUUAUUACUGUCUUUGACAUGGCGGAUAUCAAGACCUUGGAAAACACACAACAGUGGUUAUCGGAGGCACUGAAAGAAAAUGAACCAAACUCCUGUUUUGUUUUCUUGGUUGGCACAAAAAGAGACCUCCUGUCUGCAGAAGAGUGCGAGAGAACAGAGAUGGAUGCCAUAAAGAUUGCAGCAGAAAUGAAUGCUGAAUUCUGGUCGGUGUCCUCAAAAACAGGGGAGAAUGUCCAGGAGUUUUUCUUUCGCGUGGCAGCUCUGGCCUUUGAAGAUGCCAUUCUGAAGGACCUGGAGACAGAAAUCAGCACCGCUCAGAUCGGAGAUGGAAGUAUUCUCAAUGAUAAAGCACUGGAAGAUGCUGAAGAAAAACCAAAGAAGAAGUCCUGUUGUUGAUCCUGGAUCUUUCAAGAAGAAAAAUUACCAACUUGUAUUACAGAACAAAAUAAAUAUAGUUGAAAAAGAAGUGUUUUUCCCUGACAUAACCAACUUCUGAGUUGGUGCAUCACUAAUGUGCUCUCUGAGAGGGACCACCUUAUCAGAACACACAUAAAAAUAAGGGACUGAUAACCAAUAUGAGUUUGAUUUAUACUGUAGUAUUAACAUUAGUAUUUUGUAAUGCUCAAUAAACUGCCAUUUAAUGAU